GUUUGCAUGCGUGUCGGUGUCUGAGCUGAGUAAAGGCAGGCGUGUCCAGCGCUACGCCGAGGGCUGGCAAUGCAAAUGAGAAGCUGAAAUGGCUUGGCUGGGCGAUGGAGGCAGUAUCGGGUUGCGGUGUAGCGGGGCACAAAGCUGGCAAAAGCCUCGCUGCAUGUAUUUAUGAAAGAGGGGAACCGAGUAAGUGGAUGAAGACCUUCGCUCCGAUCCGGCAGCUGCUGGAAGGUGAUGCGUGUCUCAGCAUGGAGCUGAAAGACUCGGGAAGCGUCAUUCUGAAGUCGUACCUCUCAUAUGGCCCAUCUAGGAUAUACUUGGCAGAGGACACUUUCUCCUCUGCUGUGUCCCACGGACACUCAUCUAUUAACAAGAAGGUGUGCUGCCUGGGUACGGCGAGGAUGAAUUCUGAGGAGGCGACACAUGCGUCCCCUCGGAGGUGCUCCGCCUCCUCACAGGAAGCCCCGCCUCCUAUGGAGUGCUGCUCGAUGGAGGACUACUGGAGCGAGAGGAAGAGCAUCGAGGAGGAGGGCAGUCAGGGAGGGAACGUGUCACCAUUGGAGAGGCGGAGCAUGGAUGAGGCUGAGAUGGAGGAGGCGUGGCUGAAGGACGCGGGGCUGUCCACACUGGUGUCCGACACCCCCGGGGACCCGCAAGUGCCCGCGGAGGCGCUGCUGUCCACGCUGACGCGCUCGCAGGCCGCCCUCGUCAGGAAGCGCAUGGAUAACUACACGCAGACUUUGCGCAACCGCAACAGGCAGUGUGUGCGGCACGUGCGGGACGUCUUUCCUGGUGUGGUAAGUGGGCUGGGCGGAGCCUCGACCAUAACUAUGCUUCCAUGUGGCGUUUCUCAGCUGGUGGAUCGCAGGAUCAUUCUCAAUGGGACACCAAAAAACAAUGUCCCAGAGAGUGUAUGCAUGCUCCAUUGUACGUGUUAUGUCUUUGCACAGCUGCUGUCCAAACUGGAGCAGACCGGACUGCAGACGGAGGGCAUCUUGAGAAUCCCGGGGUCUGUUUCUAGGGUAAAGCACCUGAGGCAACAACUGGAGGCCAGUUUCUACGAGGAUCGCUUUGACUGGGAGCAGGUGCGCCAAAACGACGCUGCGGGCCUGCUCAAGACAUUCAUCCGGGAGCUUCCAAGCCCCCUGCUCACCCAGCGGUACCUGCCGACCUUCACCUCCGUGCUGAGUAUCUCAUCGCAGAGGCAUCAAAUUCAAGCCCUACACCUGCUCAUCAUGCUGCUGCCCGAACCCCACCGAGACACCUUGAAGGCUUUACUGGAGUUCCUGAGGAAGGUGGUGGCGCAUGAGGAGAGGAACCGCAUGAGCCUGUGUAACGUCUCCAUGAUCGUGGCACCCAACCUCUUCAUCUCCCGGGGGAAGACGGGCAGGCCGGAGGAGAUCCAGGCGGCAGCUAAGGAGGCCUACCUGGUGCGACUCCUCAUUACUCACCAGGACCUCCUCUGGAGGGUCCCCUGCUUUUUAAUUGGUCAUAUAAGACAGAUGAAUGAAGCUUCUAUGAACAGGAAGACCAUGUCCUCUGAGAAGUGCAAGAAGAAGCUUCUCAGAAGAAGGCAGCCGGAGCGUAACAAAGGAGACAGAAGCGAACUCACCGACUUUCGGGAUGGGGUGAUUCGGGUACACGCACCCCAGCACGCAAAGGUGUCCAUGGCGAUACGGCUGGACAGCGAGACGAAGGCGAGGGACGUCGUCGCCCGCUUUCACUCUGAAACCAGCAGAGGUUCACGAAGCGCCAGCCGGAGACAUAGAGCCCAUUUGUUUGAAGUUGGAGGAAAUAUAGGUGAGCGCUGCUUGGAUCCUGAGACAUAUCUCCUCGACUUGCACCAUGUGAAUCCCAACUGCGAGUGGAUAUUAAAGCCUCGGACAGCGUGACAGCGUGUUGCUGCGGGAAAUUAUAACAAUGGGGGGGGGGGGAAGCCCUCUUUUGCCCCCUGCUGGACAUUCUCAGGACUACGAGUCAGGGUGACUUAGGUUUCAGCUGGUGGUACGCAGAUGUGAGGCGAGUGGGCUGCAGCUCGGACACGACAGCCUGGAGCUGAAAGAUGAGCUGCAGCUAUUGGGGGAAAAAAUCUAGGCGGAAGCCACUGACCUGCAGACCUCCAUAUUUCUACAGGCAUUGUCUCAUGGACUCAAGUGCAGGAUAAACUUGAGAUAAAUUCAAAGCAUUUUGAUAAUGAACUUAAAAAUUUUUUGCCAGAAAAAUACAAGCCAUCUGCCAGAAUGCUCAGCUUGUGAAAUUUCAGCUAUAUGUCUCACAAGAAGGACACUUCUGUAAAGACUUUACAGGUCUGGAAACUUUUUGCCAAUGGAAAUAUAGCUGGACUGUAAUUUAUGUGUAUAAAAAUAUUUAUAUGAUUAAUUUAUCCCACCUUUUGUACAGUUUGAUGAUGCAUAAACACUAUGAAGUCUUGGGGCGAGCCUUAAGGUUUCCCCGAAGGUGUUUAGCAGGCCUGCUUUAGGUGAACCCGGUAGGAUAUAUCCGACGUCGGCAGCUGGAGCUGCUUAUGCUCCGAGGCCCGGAAGCCUAGUGAGUUUCUCCCUUGCAGGCAGAGGUGCCUCUGACUGAAGGCCCGAUGGUCAGUGCCCCGCCGACGGUGGCUCUGGUAGCGACGAAAGCCACAUCCGAAGAGGACUCGGCAGUGACAGGCAGCCCCCCGGAUGUGAAAGACGUUACUGGGGUGUUGGCUAGCAUUCACCACAAACUCCACUGCAAUGGUGUAUUUCCCACCUGGCUGUAGUCCAUCAGUGCUCCUGGGACCGAAAAUGCUGGAUGUAUGGCAUUGGGUUUCGAAACAUACUGCUGUUUAAUGAGGAAAGGUCCACUUCCUGUCUCCAUGUCAAAGGAAAGAUCCACUUCCUGUCAAACACUUAUAUGCACGUAUACAGAAACACUGAAUGUCUGUUCUCCAUUGUUUUGUAUAUGUUUCUGUUUUGAUUAAUUACUGUUUAACACUGGAAAGAAAAUUUGUUUCUCUUGGCAUGACUUUUUUAUGAAAUAUAUUAACUUUAUUUCCACGUUAUUGACACUGGCCAGUUCAGAUUUUGCCUGAUGCACCUCCAUAAUCUGUAUUAUUGACACAACGAGAAGAGAAAACUACUUGACCAAUGUGAACAUUGGCUGAUUUUGGAACAUGGCUGUUAUUUCCUGACAUCUUGCACUUUUUUUUAGUACAGAUGUGCAACACUGAGACUCUCAAUGUGGACAAGGAGCUGCUUUCCAUGUUAACAGCUGCAGCACAUGGGAUCAGGGAUUUUACCCACAGUAGCAAUUUAAGUAAAUAAUUGACAGGGCUCACAAUCCUCCGCGUUGCUUAUUGCAUAAAUGGAGAGCAGUCACUGUUGCCUAAGAUGAAGGAUAUGAAUAACAGCAUGAGUAAUUUCAUAAUCUAUCACUAGUUAGUAUAUGGCUGGCCACUGACAUCACACCCAGCGAUCUGAUUCUUUGAUUGACAGGUGUAUAUUUUCCUUACCUCAUAGGGGAGAGGAAGUAGGGUGAUGAUGAUUAGCUAAAGAUGACUCAUCGAAAUGUACAAAGAACAUACAGACUCCGGAAGAAGAUUUUAUAUUUAUUUUUUAUUUAAUUUUUCUCCUCCAUACCUAAAUGUACCAUUUUUUUGUUUGUUUGCUGAUGUGUUACAAUGUAAUUUUGGCACUAAUAUUACCUUCAGUGAAUCUUUUCCCUCAAAAGAUGAUAUAUUUUCUGCCAAACUCGGUUUUUAUCAUUUCAUGUGUUUAUGAACAAAUAAACUGUAUAUAAUG